AUGGAGAAUCAUUCAAAAAGCAAAAGUAAUGCUACCAUGAGAACUUAUUCUAAACGCACAAGAGGAAGCAAUCAAAAUCUCUCCAACAAGAGACAACGCGUUGAUGCUUCGGAAUUCGUGUCAAUUUCUUCUCCAGUUCUUUCUGAACCGGUUUCUUCUCCCAAAAACCAUUCUAGGGAUAGAUUUGAAGAUAAACCACGUUCUCCUCUGAUUCGAUCUCCUUCGAAGCAGCCGCGGGGAGAGAUCGAGAAUUUCUCUACCAUAAACUCACGAGUUUUAUCUCCUAGAUCCGUCAGAUCUAUCUCUCCUCUCACGGAACUCAAAUCAAAUCAGCAAAAUCGACGCGAUAAUGAGAUCAAUUCUUCCUAUUCCCCUGACUCUUUGAAACGCAAAUCUUCAACGAAGAUUCAAGGCGCCAAACUCACUUCUACCCCGGAGGCUUCGAACUCUAUGACAGUCUCGAGAUCUAGUUCAAGGUUGCAGCAUAAGACAGGCACUAAUACGACGAAAUCUCCCUCCCCUGUCUCAGAAUCAAUUUUUUCAAAAGAAAGUCUUGCAUCGAAUCAUACUAGAAUUGAUUCAGAAACCUCAAGGCAAAAUCCACGGAAAAGUGUUACUUCGGCUUCGAAAAAAAGACCAAUUUCUCCCUCGUCAGAGAUAUUAACCAGACAAGAUACCACUAUUACUUCGAAGUUCCAUCCAGUGGAGAAAGCUAACAAAUCUUCUAUUCGAAGCUACUUCAAACCAUUACCACAGCCACAACCACAACGAUCUUCGAGUCCACCAAAAUCACAAUCCUCUACUCUUUCGGAUUCAUCUCAGCAUCCAGUAUCAUCUCCUCCUUCAUCGCCUCCCCCAAUACCCCAGGGUUACCCCAUAUUGAAAAGGACGAAAUCGGUUCGACGUCGCAUUAGCACCAAACCAAACCUACCAAAGAUCGAUACCAUGUCUGAAAUUUAUGAAGACGAUUUGCAAGAACUAUGUGGAGAUUUUACCGAUGAUUCACGAGUUGAAUUGAUGGAACGUUAUCAAGAUGCUCAAGACAUGAGAGACCAAUCCAUCAUCGAUCAUGGCACUCUCAUCCCUCUUGCUGACCAGGCCCUUGAAGCUCCAGAACGUGCAAGGCUCAGAGCCGAGAUCGCCCGCCCUAUGGGUUUUGCUCUCCAUCAACAAAUUCUAGAUCUAGGGCAAUCGUUCUCCAAUAAAUGCCCUAAUUGCGGCAUGCAGUAUGCGAUUAACGACCCCUCGGACCAGCGCAUGCAUGAUCAAUUCCACAAGAUCUUCAAAUUGGGCGGACCUGUUUUCAAGCCAAAGUACGUCAAUACUCAAGCAUGGCAAAAGAUAAUUGAUGGCGAACUUCACACCGUCCAGUGCAUUAGCUGCAAGGAAUCCGGUCCCGUCAAGAGUCUUGUAGAAAGUAUCCUUGAGGCUACUUUGAUGGAUAUGGAUGGCAUCUUACCAACUCCCGCGCGACUCUGGUCCAUGAUCACCAGCCCCAACGACUCUAAAGAUCUUAUUCCUGUUCCCCGCUACAAGGUCUUCCUUUACGUUAUCGGCGCCCGUCCAAUUGGUAUUCUCCUCGCCGAGCGAAUCGGCAAAGCAACCCCUAUUAUGAACACCGCCGAAACUGCUGAGAAUGCCUCGCUCUCGACCUCCCUCUCCAAUGCAUCCCCAGCUCUCGCCACCUCUGUCAAUUCCGUCCCACAAGAAGCAUACAUGUGCAUUGAUCGACUCUGGGUCCACUCCGAUUUCCGCCGAAAGGGCAUCGCUACAUCUCUUGCUAACCAAGCAAGAGAGAAGUUCAUCCCGGGUUUGAUUGUCGAGAAGAACGAAAUGGCUAUUAGUCAUCCUACUUCUGUUGGUGGUCAGUUUGCGGAGAAGUAUUUUAAGGGUGUUUUCGAGGGUGCGAAGUAUGCGAUUGGUUGUCUCUGAGCGAGCACAGACUGGAAGAGGAGAUCGGCGAAAUGGGAUUAGUACUGAGCAGAGGAAUUGAAUGGAUGAAUACAUGAAUGAAUAAAUGAAUGAACGACAGGGAAAAGAGCGGCUACUCUUGGCGUUUUGCGAUGAUCCAAUUUCAGAUAGGAAAAUACCUAGGCUGGAACCAUAGUGUUCUUACAAUGAAAU